AGGUGUAGUAUGUUUCCUACUGUACUCAUACGUACGACUUUGUAUUAUACUAAGCAUAAAACAUGUUGUUUUACGUACGUGGUAUAUUCGGCAUUGCAAUAUUUGGAUUACUCUCGGCUGGAGAAUCUCAGCUUCCUGUAACUACCUGCAAGAGGGAUUUAGUUGAUUAUGAUGCCUGUUUAAAAGAUGCAUUAGAAGAAGCAUGGCCAAGAUUUGUGAAAGGACUUCCAGAAUUUGAUUUUCCACCUUUGGAUCCAUUAUUUUAUAAAAACGGCAAAGUUGUAUUUAAUUCUGGUGAGAUGCAUGCAGUAGCAAUUUUUUCAAAUCUCAGUAUUAUCGGUUUAUCGAAAGCCCGAUUUUCUAAUGUAAGAGCAAACUUUCUUGAUGAUGUUUUCCAUUUUGAAAUGGACACUAUGGUACCGAUCGUAUUCACAGAAGGUAUUAUAAAAAUUAAUGGAUCCAUAAAUAUAUUCAGAAUUGCUGAUGAAGGUCACUUAAAUGUAACUCUUGGUGAUCUCAAAAUAUCGUGUAAUUUAACAGGACAUGUAGUAAACGAUACAUGGAUUGUGGAACAUUUUCGGAUCAAUCCAUCACUAUCAAAAUUUAAAUUUGAUUUCAAUAGUUUUAACGAAGAGAACAAAGAACUUAAUAAAAUUGUCAUAAAUUUUGCAAAUGAAUUCUGGCCGGUUCUGGCUCGAGUAAUGUUGCCAAGCAUAUCCAUUUUAAUGGACCCAUGGUUCACUGACUAUGCAAAUUUGUUUUUCUCAAAAGUUCCUUUUUCAAAAGUAUUUCCAAACUAAUAUAUAUUUAUUAUAUUUCAACAAAGUGCUAAAUUCCUCGUAAAAUUACUUACAUACAAAAUUACUUACAUACUAAAAAUACAUACAUUUUUGCAAUAAACAUGUGGAAUAUGUUUUUGACUGUUUAACUUAAAUUUCGUUUUUUAACUAUUGUAAAAAUAUAAAUAAAUAUCUUACGUAUUAU